AUUUCACACCCUCGUGUCUGUGUGUUUCCUGCUCACAGGGCGGCGCGCGGUGCAUCUGCGAGGGAAAUGACCGGGCGAGCGCGGGUCCGAGCGCGGGGACAGGCCCUCACGGGCUCCACCGGCAGCGGGGGGCAGCCGGGCUCCCCACGGCGGCCGGAUUGUUCUAGAAGUGAUAAGCCUGUGGCUCUUAGGACUCCACAAUCUGAGAAAGAAGCCUCAACUUCCUGUGGCCACAGGGAAACAACAAAACUUACUCAGCGAUAUGGCCUUUCUGCUGGGGCUUCUGGAUGCACACUGCUGGAGAGAGGGGGAAAGACCCGGUGUAACUUUCAAGAUUUGGGAAUAAAUACUAGAGAGACCAUGGCACACGUGAAAGACUGUAAAACAGGCUUCAGUGGAAUUCCAGUGAAAGUGAUCACAAACCUAUAUAGCUUAGGCUUGCCUAGGGAAUGGCAGCUUUACCAAUACCAUGUAACAUUUAAUCCAGAGUUGGAAUCAAGGCGCCUGCGCCUUGCUUUGCUUUACAGCCAUACCGAACUUCUUGGAAAAGCCAAAGCAUUUGAUGGAGCCAUCCUUUUUCUUUCUCAAAAGCUGGAAAAUCAGGUUACGGAAUUAGUGAGUGUAACAAAAAGAGAUGUAACGGUAAAUAUCACCGUUACGCUAACAAAUCAGCUAGCAUCAAGUUCCCCUGUAUGCAUUCAGUUUUUCAAUAUCGUCUUAAAAAAGGUUUUGAAAAAAUUGUCCAUGUACCAAGUUGGACGGAACUUCUACAGUCCUUCAGACCCAGUGGAAAUUCCCCAGCACAAACUGACUCUUUGGCCAGGAUUUGCUGUUUCCAUUACACAGUUUGAGAACAGAGUGAUGUUAAGUGCUGACGUGAGCCAUAAAGUCCUUCGCAGUGAGACUGUUCUGGAAUUCAUGACAAGUCUGUAUACCAGAAUUGACAGCGCGUGCUUCAUACAAACCUGUGAAAAGGAGCUGAUAGGACUUAUUGUGCUUACAAGAGUCUUCUGGGGUCUGAUGUUGGGCCACUGUUCAACCCCACUUGGGGCUAGAUAUAACAAUAAAACCUACCGUAUUGAUGAUAUUGACUGGUGUGUGAAGCCAACGGACACAUUUCCAAAACGUGAUGGCACUGAAAUCUCUUAUGUUGAUUAUUAUAAGCAGCAGUAUGAUAUAGUCCUGACUGACCUAAAUCAGCCUAUGCUGGUUAGCCGAUUGAAAAGUAAGCAGAAUAGCACUGUUGAACCACGUGUUGUCCACCUGAUCCCUGAACUGUGCUAUCUAACAGGUUUGACCAGCCAGGCAAUUUCUGACUUCCGUCUGAUGAAGGAUCUGGCUCAAGAAAUGCAUCUGAAUCCUGAGCAAAGACAGCAAAGGCUGUCUCGGCUUGCUGACAGCAUUCAGAGAAUCAAAGAGGCUCGUUUAGAGUUGGAGAUGUGGGGGCUGCAGCUUGGGUACCAAGUUUCCCUGACAGGCCGUGUUGUCCCAACUGAAAAAAUCCUAAUACGGGAGCAGACAUGUCUGCCAAUGAGUGCUGGUGACUGGUCAAAGGAUAUGCGUAAUAUGAAGAUAAUUGGAGUGCAGCCUCUGGACAACUGGUUAAUGUUGUGCAGUAACAGAAAUGGAGAACUAGCUGAGAACCUUCUGAAUUGUCUGAAAAGAGCAGGAGGUCCCAUGGGAUUUCACAUUGAAUAUCCCAGAAUAGUACAAGUACAAGAAAGCCCAAUGGCAUUCCUGCGAGCAGUGCAACAGCAUGUAAAUCCUGAAGUACAGCUGGUAAUGUGUGUACUGUCUUCCAAUCAGAAGGACUGUUAUGAUUCGAUUAAAAAGUUCCUGAGCCUUGACCGACCUGUCCCAAGCCAAUGUGUACUAGCACGCACUCUGAACAAGCAGGGCAUGAUGAUGAGUAUCGCCACAAAAAUCGCAGUGCAGAUUAUCUGUAAACUCGGAGGGGAGCCGUGGGCAGUAGAGAUCCCUCUAAAAUCACUCAUGGUGAUAGGUAUUGAUGUCAGUAAAGAUGCCCUUAACAAAGGAAUUUCAGUAGUUGGAUUUGUGGCUAGCACUAAUUCAAGAAUUACAAGGUGGUUCUCUCGCUGCAUCCUUCGGAAUACAGGGACUGAUAUCGCAGAUUGUUUAAAAGUCUGCAUGAAAGGCGCUAUCAGCAAGUGGCACAAGUAUAAUUGUGAGUUGCCUGCGCGCAUCAUAGUAUACCGUGAUGGUGUUGCAGAUGGCCAGCUGAAGAUGGUGGUGGAUUAUGAGGUCCCACAAUUACUUAGUGUCCUCACAGAAUUGACUACUAAUUACAGUCCCAAAGUGUCAGUGAUUGUGGUCAGGAAGAAAUGCAUUCCUCGAUUCUUUGCAGAGGCAAACAGAAGCUUGCAAAACCCGCCUGUUGGCACUAUUGUUGACACAGAGGCUACUCGUCCUGAAUGGUAUGACUUUUACCUAAUCAGCCAACUAGCACGUCAGGGAACUGUCAAUCCCACAUACUACAACGUUGUGUAUGAUAACAGUGGAUUAAAACCAGAUCACAUGCAGCGUCUCACGUACAAGAUGUGCCACCUGUACUACAACUGGCCAGGUCUAAUCAGAGUGCCAGCGCCAUGUCAGUAUGCCCACAAGCUGACCUUCCUGGUGAGUCAGAGCAUUCACAGAGAGCCAAGCCUGGAACUAGCUGACAAGCUUUUCUAUUUGUGAGGAGAAUAAUAAUAAUAAAUCAUGAAGACAACUUUAAGAAAUACUAACAUGGCCAAAUCUGGAUAUGGUCUCAUGGCUGCCAGCAUAGCGUAGCUCAAACCUCGGUCUUGUAUUUGAAGGAAAAUAUCUAGUUUCAGACUUAGAGAAAUAUCUAUUCUCUGAAUUAAGAGAACAGAGAAUCCUGAACAGUGUAAGGGAUUAAGGUACUUUGCUUCAGUUAGCCCCAAUAGGAGACUUGGAGCAUACUCCCUAGUAACAUUUGAAAAUGUAUAUGAUAGACAUUUUGUUGAUAUAGAUACGCUGUACAGCUGAUUAUUCAGUAAGCAUAUCAUUGCCAGUAAGCAUAUCAUUGUUUUAGAGGGUUACUUGUUCCUUCAAAGACUCUUUUAGAAAACCGUUUGGA